UUCGCGAGCAGUAUCUAAGUAUAUUCUACCGUGAUAUCUUCUCCUUGGUAUCUUCAAUUUUUGUCAAGCGCUAUCGUUUCUUGGUCACCAAUCAUUAUUAUAAGGAAAUCAAGUGAGACUUCCGGGGUAUGGGAGUUUUUGUAUCUAAAAAAAAGCGAACAAUACAGUAAGAGCAACGAUGGCCUCGAACUACGAAAUUUCAGCGGCUACUGGCUACAACACGUCUGCGGCUAUAAACAACACCGCCGCCUCUGCUGCGCUGGUUAUUGGUGAAUUUUGGCAGGAAAACUGUCUUACUCUUUUAGACAGAACUAAAUUUAUUUUCAACAAAGAGUUAUUAAGCGACGUAAAAUUUGUUGUUCCAGCGGCGUCAUCUAACGUGAGGCGAAUGAUCCCAGCUCACAAGCUUAUUCUUGCAAUCAGCAGUCCUGUGUUUUAUGCCAUGUUCUAUGGCCCAAUGGCGGAGACCAGAAGCUCUUUUGAAUUUCCUGAUUAUGAGUACGAAAGUUUGUUGGAGUUCUUUCGUUUCUUAUACCACGACGAAGUCAAUUUGAGCGAAAGUAAUGUACUGCAAGUGUUGCACCUGGCAAAGCAAUACAUGGUGCCUUCACUCGUGAAUAAAUGCACUAAGUAUUUGCGAGACAUUGUAGAUAUAUCAAAUGUGUUUGUGGUUCUAAUUCCCGCUCAGACAUAUGAAGAGAAAGAUUUGGAAGAUAAGUGCUGGAAAGUGAUUGAGAUGCAGGCAGAUCAGGCUGUGACGUCAAAGGAAUUUUUUACGGUUGAACGGUCUGUUGUUGAGUCUGUUGUGAAGAGAGAGACGUUGAAUAUAAAGGAAGUGGAUCUCUUUAAGGCAGUUAAUCAGUGGGCAACAAGAAAAAUUGAAACGGAAGAGAAAACUCCUGAUGGCGCCUUGAAAAGACAAGUUCUCGGAGAAGAAAUAGUAAAAGCGAUAAGGUUUGCCUUAAUGUCCCAGAGGGAGUUUGCCUCUGCUGUUCUAGAUUCGGGCAUUCUUACAGAUAAGGAGCGUGAAAGCAUGAUGAAAUACUACAGCAACGUUUCUACAGUCCCCCUCCCGUUCUUGGAAGUUAAAAGACAGCAAAUUAACUUUCCUCGGUGUCAUAGAUUUUUAGAGUUCCGUUCGCCAUGCAGUGGCUCUCAUGGUGACUGGAGGUACGACGGUCAUGUGACUGACAAGCUAAGGUUCUCAGUCAGUAAACAAAUCAGGCUUCGUGGAGUUCGGCAUUUUGGCUCUAAAGGAAAUGAGUAUACAAUUUCCUUGCAAGUGGACGAAAUCCAAUACUUCCCGACAAUGUGUCUGGUGCAAGAGUCUGGAAACUACGCUUCCUCUGAGAUGAAUCAGACUAGCAAAUAUGCUGGCUUUGAUGUAUUGUUUGUCAGUCCAGUUGUUCUAAAAGCAGAUCGUGAAUAUGAAAUAAGAUCUGUUAUCAAAGGCCCUUCGUCUUGGUACGGAGAGCGAGGCCAAAGCUCUACUGAGUACCAAGGAGUAGUUUUCACUUUCAAGCAUCCUUUGGAAAGCAACAGCCGAACCAAGGCAAGUCGCGGCCAGUUUCCAUCCUUCAUUUUCACAUGAAUUGUAUAGGUUGGUCCAGUUGCACUCAGCUGAGACAGGGAAGUCACUUAACAGUUUCAGGAGCCCAUGUUUGAAAUGUUGUGUAAUGUAUACAGAAAAAGAAUUUAUAUAUAUAUACUAUAAUCUUUAAUGAGGAUGCUAACGUCACAAAAAUGGUUUACAGGAAGGUCCUCUUAAGUUAAAAACUAAUGCAAAGAUAAAUUACAAAUAGCAACAAGGUGGUUAGAGUACCGCAUUUAACAAAGAGCCUCGUGUCCCUCAUCAUAGUUGGUAGUCCCCUCUACCAACUAUGCCCUCAUUCACAAUCAUCACUGCUUUAUAAUUGGAAUAAAGCGAAGUAGUUAGUUUGAGCUGAGCUUCGGACAAUUUUCAACUGUGUUUCGAAAUCAA